AGUAAAAGGUUUCCAUCAUUUUGCUCUCUCAUUCAAUUAAUUAAUUGUUUCGCUCUCUUUCGAUGUUCCUUUCAAAAUCAAUAUAAAAGUGAUUCCAAUUUGUUGAGACUUUCAUUCAACUCUUUUAAUUGUUGUCCAGCUAAUUAGUUUACUAACAAUGAAGUUAACCGUAAUUUUCCUCAUCACUUUGGCCUGUGCCUUUGCUUCAUGCAGAAAUGUUGCCAAGCCAAUGUCAAUCAGUCUGAAAAAGUUCAGAGAUUCCAGAUUGAGUUUACUUCGACCUGAUUUCUAUCGAAAUUUGAAUAAACAAUUAGCCGAUAAAUACACUGCAAACCCAACAGUGUCUGCUGAACCAUUAUCUAAUUACUUAGAUACCCAAUAUUAUGGUGAAAUCACCAUUGGAACUCCUGGACAAAAGUUCAACGUCAUUUUCGACACUGGAUCUUCAAAUCUUUGGGUUCCUUCGUCAAAAUGUAAAUGGACCAACAUUGCCUGUCUUUUACAUAACAAAUACAACUCGGCUAAAAGUAGCACCUACAAACCCAAUGGAACUGCACUCGAAAUUAAGUAUGGCUCAGGAUCAAUGACUGGUUUCCUUUCAACCGACACUGUUACUAUUGGUAAUAUUGUAAUUAAAGAUCAAACCUUUGGCGAAGCUAAGACUGAACCAGCUUUAAGCUUUGUUUUAGCUAAAUUUGACGGUAUUCUUGGUCUUGGUUUCAAAGCAAUCUCUGCCGAUGGAGUCCCAACUGUUUUCGAUAAUAUGGUUGCCCAAAAAUUGGUUCCACAACCAGUAUUUUCAUUCUACCUUAACCGAGAUACCAAAGGUUCAGUUGGUGGUGAAUUACUUCUUGGUGGCAUUAAUGAUCAACAUUACUCUGGACCAAUCAGUUAUGUACCAUUAACCAACGAAACUUACUGGCAAAUACAAGUUGACGGUAUUACUGGUUCUGGUUCUGGUUCUGGCUCUCCAUUAUCAAUCGAUUGUUCAAAGGGAUGUAAAGCUAUUGUUGAUACUGGUACUUCUUUGAUGGCUGGUCCAUCUGCUUUAAUCGAUCAACUUCAAACUUACAUCGGUGCCACUAAAAUUAUUGGUGGUCAAUACACUGUCGAUUGUAACUCCACCAGUAAAUUGCCUGAUAUUACCUUUAGCAUCGCUGGUAAAGCUUACACUUUGACACCUAAUGAUUAUGUUGUUUCCAUCAGUCAACUCGGUCAAACAGUAUGCAUCUCUGGUUUUUCAGGAAUUGAUGUUCCUGCUGGACCUUUAUGGAUUUUAGGUGACAUUUUCAUUGGUAAAUAUUACACCAUCUUCGACAGAGGAAACAACCGAGUUGGUUUCGCAGCUGCCAAAUAAUUUACAAAACAAUGAUAUCAACAAUUCACUCAAUUUUUAUGAUAAUACGAUUUCAAUUUGAAUAAGGAAAUAAAUCUGAAUUCAAAAUUUAAUAAGA